GUAAAUUCGCUUAGCCUUCCACCAUCUUGAAUACCUAGUUCUCCAUUAGACAGUAUGUAAUCUCGGAUCAUCCCUGAUGUUCAUUCCCAAUUUUGCUAUGUAUCAUUUAGUUAUCAUAGCUUAUUAUCUCAGUUUCGACGGAAUUAUCCCAUAACCUGCAGCAACUGUCGGAAAGGGCCAAGUCAACAACAGAAUUCAUUCAAAGACUGAAAGGGAUGAGCGAAAAAGUUAAUGAAAACUGCGAAGAAUUUGAACAAAUAGUCUCGGCCCAAUGCGAGGCUCUUAUCCAAGCUAUACAAGCCAGACGAGAUAAAUUAAUCGAAUGCAUAAGACAAGACAAGGAAGUAAGGGUUAGGGCCCUUAAGGAGCAAGUAACAACGUGCACCUCCAGAUUGCAACAGACCACAGCUUUGCUUCAAUUUUGUAUUGAAGCCUUGAAGGAGACUGAUAGUUCAGCAUUUUUACAAGUUGGUACAAUGCUAAUAUCCAGAGUUGCUAACACGGACCACUCAUGGCAUAAGGAGUGGACAGCACCAAGAGUUUCUCCACACUUUGAUUUGACUUUAGAUGAUAAAUCUGUGCUUAAGGCCAUCGAACAAUUAAAUUUUAUCCAAAUGAAACCUCCGGCUUCCCCUACAAUUAUCCCGGAAGAAUGCAGCGCCGAAAAUAAUUCGGUGACUAUCGCGUGGCAGCCCCCACCCCACAGCCAUGUCGAGGGUUACGUUCUGGAACUGGAUGACGGGAGCGGGGGAGAUUUCAGGGAAGUUUACUGUGGAAUAGAAACCAUCUGCACCGUCGAUGGUCUACACUUUCAUUGCAUGUACAAUGCCAGGGUCAAAGCAUUCAACAGUUCUGGUGAAGGGGAGUAUAGUGAACUUAUAGGUCUUCAAACUGCUGAGGUGGCUUGGUUUACAUUCGAUCCAAUACUAUCUGGACCUGGUCUACAAUAUUCAGAAGAUAACGGAACUGUGACGGGUGAAGGAUGGGAGCACAGGGUAGCACUAGGCAGUGUAGGAUUUAGCAGGGGCGUUCACUACUGGGAGUUUACUAUAGACAAAUAUGAUGCGGAUACAGAUCCAGCUUUUGGAAUUGCCCGGAUAGAUGUAACUAGAGAUAAAAUGCUUGGUAAAGACGAUAAAGGUUGGGCUAUGUAUAUCGACCGACAACGCUCAUGGUUUCAACACGCAGGCGCACACGAACAACGUGUAGAAGGGGGCAUUCACAUCGGAUCUACAAUUGGAGUUCUACUGGACCUAAAUCAUCACACCUUACAGUUUUAUGUAAACGAAGAGCCCCAAGGAGUUAUAGCUUUUAGGGAUUUAUAUGGGGUCUUUUAUCCGGCCGUUAGUAUCAAUAGAGGUGUCAGUGUAACCGUACAUACUGCCCUGGAUCCGCCAUCUGAUUCGGAUGAAACUUAAAAUUAAGGGACGUUAAUAUUUUUUGGUAUAAACGUACUUGAUCGAUUAAGUAAAGCACAGGCUCCCGAGAUUGCAGAGUUGGACUAGAUAUAAAACAAACAUUUUUAAUGUGAAUUCGUCUAGCACUUAAAAUAAAUGUUAAAACAAAAGUUAAAUUAAUAUAAAUUUGAUGUGAUAAUAUUCGAUUCUCGGGAAUCAAUAAUAUUUAUUUAAUAAAAUAUAGUCAAGCUUAAUAAAUCACAUAAUAAUA